AUGGGUGCCGGGAAACCAGGAAGCAUAAAAAAUACCGAUCAACCGUCUACAACUUCGGAACAUAAUCCCGAACGACGUCGUGUCAACAAUAUCCAAAAUAUUCGCAGCAUCCGUAUGAUCUGUUUGUACAACACUGCUGAUAGUAAAAGCAAAGAUUGGCAACAGGCUAUUGCAGACAUACAACAAGCUGUUCACAAUAAUAUUACAUUUUCAGAUAGUGAUCAAUGUUUGGAAUUUAUUCAAAAUGACGAUAUGAGAGUAUGCGUAGUCAUUUUCGGAUCACUUGGACAGGAAUUCAUAUCUCGUAUACAUGAUAUGCCUCAAGUAGAUUCAGUUUUUAUUUAUUCUGACAAUAGACCACGUGACGAACAAUUGAUUAAGCUCUGGACCAAGAUCAACGGUGUUUUCAGAGAUACAGCACCCAUAUGCCGAGUACUUAAGAAAACAAUUCAACAAUGUGAACAAAACACCAUACCACUCAGCUUUUUACCAUCACCUAUAGUUUUGGAUCAGUUAGAUUUACCUUUCUUAUACGCACAUAUUCUUAAGGAAGUGAUAUUAACCAGUAAUUUCGAAGAAAAACAUUUAAAAGAAUUCAUUGAUUAUUGUCGUGAAUUAUUUGCAAACAACAAAGAAGAAUUAGUUGAUGUCAAAGAAUUCGAAAGCAAAUAUCGUACUCAAACACCUAUAUGGUGGUAUACCAACGAUUGUUUUUUAAAUCCAAUGCUCAACUAUGCAUUACGAACUAUGAAUGGUGAGAUGAUCACAUCUAUAAGUUUUUUUAUCGUCGAUCUUCAUCGACAAAUCGUACAACUUCAUCAAGAACAAUAUAAGAGUAAGCCAUCGUCGUCUGCAAUCUUUACAGUAUAUCAUGCUCAAGGUUUAACCAAAGUAGAUUUUGAACAAUUGAAAAAAAGUCGAGGUGGAUUAAUUUCAUUUAACAAUUUUCUAUUGACCAGUAAAAAUUCUAAGCAUUCACUUAGUUUUGCUCAAGAUAAUGGAACAAAAGGUGAUCUAGUGGGCAUUAUGUUCAUUAUGAAAAUUGAUCCUUCUCAAUCAAGUUUUCCGUUUGCUUCUGUUCGUGAUGUUAGUUAUUCUAAUGCAGAAGAUGGAAUUUUGUUUUCAAUGCCAACACUUUUUCGAAUUAAUGAUAUUAAACGAUUAGCUGCAAAUAAUCGAGUUCAAGAAGUCAGUUUGACUCUUGUUAGUGAUAAAGACAAAGAUCUUGCUCUAUUAACAAAUUAUAUUCGACAAGAGAACACUCCUGAUAAACAAGGAUGGUAUCAACUAGGUUCACUUUUAAUGAAAAUGAAUUAUCUUGACAAGGCUGAACAAUUUUAUCAGUUUCUACUAGACCAAACAAAAGAUAUGACUAACAAAGCAGCUAUUUAUAGUCAACUUGGACAGAUUAAAGAUAUUGAAAAAAAAUAUUCCGAAGCAACAGCGUUCUAUGAAAAAGCAAUAGCUAUCUAUCAAAAAACACCUCCUACUGAUCAACUUGACUUAGCAAAUUUAUAUUUUAACAUCGGUCUGAUUUAUUCUAAAAUAGAUAAUACAUCAAAAGCAAUUUCAGCUCACAAAGAAGCUCUAAAAAUUCGUGAACAAUUGCUUCCCCCUGAUCAUAUAGAUUUGGCUAAAUCCUACGGAAAUGUUGGUUUAUUAUGUGUCAAUUCGAAUGAUUAUUCAGCAGCAAUUUCAUAUUUUGAAAAAGAACUUUUAAUUAAUGAGAAAAUUCUUCCUGCAAAUCAUCCUGGUUUAGCUGUGUGUCUCAUGGAUAUUGGAAUGUUGUCUUACAAUAACGGUAAUUAUUCGAAAGCAUUAAGCUCUUUUGAAAAAGCUCUUGAAAUUCGUCAAAAAAUACUUCCUCCCAAUCAUCCUGAUUUGGCUGAACUCUAUAACAUUAUUGGUUUAGCAUAUAAUAACAUGUCUGAUCAUUCGAAAGCACUUUCAAAUCAUGAGAAAGCUCUUGAUAUUCGAGAAAAAGCAUUACCAAAGAAUCAUCCUGAUAUAGGUGCAUCUCUCAAUAAUAUUGGUGUUACACAUGAAAACAUGGAAAAUCAUGUAAAAGCUCGUUCAUUUCUUGUACGUGCUAUAGAAAAUGGAGAAUGUUCGUUAUCACCAGAUGAUCCAAUUCUACAAAUGCGAAAAGAGAAUCUUGAACGUAUAAAAGAGAAAUUGUAA